AUGGCAAAUGGAAGGAAGGAAAAAGAGAAGGAAGAAAGGAAAAAAGAAAGGAAGCAAAAGAGAGAAGAACAAACAGAAUAAAGAAAAAAAGGAAGGAAGAAAAAGGAAGAAAGGAAAGAAGGUAAGGAAGGAAGGAAGGAAGGAAGGAAGGAAGGAAGGAAGGAAGGAAAGAAGAAAAAAGGGAAGGAAAGGAAGGAAGAAAGGAAGGAAGGAAGGAAAGAAGAAAAAAGGAAGGAAGGAAGGAAAGGAAGGAAGAAAGGAAGGAAGAAAGGAAGGAAGGAAAGAAGAAAAAAGGAAGGAAGGAAGGAAAGAAGAAAAAAGGAAGGAAAGGAAGGAAAGGUAAGAAGGAAGAAAGGGAGGAAGGAAGGAAGGAAGGAA